AUGGCUAGGCGACUUAAGCGUUUGGACACUCAUUUUAUUGUGCGGUAUUUGUGUGACGAUGAACUGCAAGUGAGAAAUCGUGUGUCCUUCAAGUGUGAUGGAGACUCUACAAUUAGUGUUGGACUUGAGUAUGAUGUACAGUGGGGUAAACCAAAAGAAGUGGACAGGGCUGUUGUGUUGUUUUCUGGGACUGAACAGCAGAUGCGGGAGAAAAUUAAGGAUUUGUUGGUACCUCUACCAAACCCAGUUGCAGCAUCCUCAACCCCCCCAUCCAGAUCAACUUCCCCACCAAGACUGCGAUCCCAACCCAGCUCACCAACAUCUCCACGAUCCCCAACCCCACCCAGAUCACCUUCGUCAGCCCCUUCUCCAAAACGCAGGAAGACAACGGCUAAUCUGACAAGAUCUGGAAAGCCGAAGGCUUCGCUCAUCGCAGAUGGCUCGCCGCCAGCCGAAGAUUCAGCUACAUCUAUCCCCAAGACACCUGUCCGACAAAGACCUGCACCUGAAACACAGAAUUCAGAGCCAGCCCAGUUAGAGUCACUCACUCCAAUCCCAACGCCAGCGUCAACAACCCCAGUUGUGCGUUUCCGCCCUUACCGGACUUCGACAAAUGACGACGAUUUGGUGAAGGCGCUAAUGAGAGAAGUCAAGGAAAUGCGACAGACUCUGGAUGUUAUCAACAAAAAACUUGAUGCGUCGAAUAGGAGGGGAACAGCGUCAGAUUUACAAUUAAAGACAGUGCUUGCUAAUACAAACAUUCUUAUCGAUGUGGUCAGGAAAAUCCCAGCUGCAAGUGGAGUGGAGUUCCUGCAAACCAGUGAUCCUAUUGCUGAUACGAUGAGUGACAGUAGUCCUGGAGAUGUGUACCAAGGUGUUCCCGAAGAAUAUCAACUUCCAGAUACCGUCCUCAGAGACAUGAUUAAGGAAUCAAGGAACGCAGGAAAUUUCGCAGUUAAUCUCACAAGGAAGAUCUUCCCCGAACUGUACGGUGAGGGCAACCUGCGAAUGGAGUACAACUGGUACGGUGGUGGAAAACUCUCCAAAAAAGAACUGGAUCCAGCGAGAAAGCAAGUGGUGAGGCGCUAUGUGUGUUACUUCUUCCCAGAAUUCAAACCCGAGGAUUCCUGGAGGGAGAGGAUCGUCUCCAAAAUAAACGAGUCACUGAGGCGAAAUGACAAAAGACUAAAGAAGGAUAGUGUCAAUCUUGUGAUGCCCUCUGUGCCAGAAAGUGACCUUGGUUGCUCCGAUGACGUCUUCACCUUUAAUGACUAAUUUUUUUUUUAUC